CUAAAAGUCACGUGGCUAGUAGUUCAAAUAUUUCUGCUCUGUAGUGUGUGUUACUGUAACCCCCCCUGUCCAAAGCUUUUGCUUUCCAUUAAAAUAUGUGCUUCCUUUCCCACUAUCUUUACCUCUUCUCAAUACCCUUUUCUUGAAAGUUGAAACCCUGGCCUCCCUCAAGUAAUCUUUAUUUUGGUGCUUGAUGUUUGACUUGGUAUGGAAUGGAUGCAAAUGAUAAAGCUGCAAAAGUUAGUGGGGAGAUGAGUAUGGCAGAGAACAAGAAAAGCCCCAGUGAAGUGGUUGUCAUGAUCUCUGGAGAUGAAAGAGAUCCUAAGAGUCCUGUUGGACAUUCACCUUUAGGUCCACAAAUUCCAAAGACUGUGCAAGUGAGUGAUUCUUCACCUGAAAUUGCAAGGUGUAGUCCAAGCCCAAGCCCCAGCAAUAGCAAACCACCCAAAAUCCCAACCACUGAAACUCUCACUCGGCGAAAAUCGAUCGCACCCUCUGCAUUUUCGAAGCCAAAAUCAAGAUUUGGUGAACAAUCUGUACCUAUUGACGCCAACAUGUUCGACGAACAAACUGAGACAUGUGCAAAUGUAUCUUCUAACCGUGCUUCCCCUACUGCUAAAAUGGGUUCCAAUAAUACAUUUAAAGAGACUACAAGAACAGUAUCUAUAUCAGUAACCCCAAGAACACCAUUAAUGGCAUCACCAGGUCCUUUUGGAGGAGUGGAUGAAGAUGAGGAGAUAUAUAAGAAAGUGAGCUCAAGGAAUAAGUUGAAGCAUAAGAGAGUUAAAACAAAAGUUCUGAUUGAAUGGCUGUUGUUUCUUUGUCUUGUAGGACUUUUACUUGCUAGUUUAUUGGUUAAGAGGUUGCAAAACUGGAAACUUUGGGAUUUGAGGAUGUGGAAGUGGAUUGUCCUUGUUAUGGUGACCUUUAGUGGCAUGCUGGUUACUAAGUGGUUUAUACAUUUUGUGGCCUUGUUGAUAGAAUUGAACUUUCUAUUAAGGAAGAAGGUGUUGUAUUUUGUCUUUGGUUUAAAGAAAAGUGUUCAAGUUUGCAUUUGGUUUAGCUUGGUUCUUCUCACAUGGGUUCUGCUUUUCUCAAAUGAGGAACGGUCACAUUCUACUGAGAAGGUUACCGAUUUUAUUACCUGGACUAUUGCAGCUUUACUUAUCGGUGCAUUCUUGUGGCUCUUGAAGACUUUGCUGCUAAAGAUAUUGGCUUCUUCUUUCCAUGUAAACACAUUCUUUGACAGGAUUCAAGAAUCAAUCUUUCAUCAGUAUAUUCUACUGACCCUUUCAGGGCUCCCAGUUAUGGAAUCUGCUCAGAUGUUGAGGAAAUCAAACAGUUCUGCCAGUCAAUUUAGUUUCCGCAAAACAAAGAAGGGAAAAGAUGGGAAGGAAAAGAAGGAAAAGGCAGUGAUUGAUAUAAAUAAGCUUCAUGAGAUGAAGAGAGAAAAGGUGUCUGCAUGGACCAUGAAAAUGUUAGUUGAUGUAAUAUCUAACUCGGGACUUUCCACUAUCUCUGGCUCGUUUGGUGAAACUGAUUAUGAUGCAGGAUGUGAGCAAGCAGAUAAGGAGAUCAACAAUGAGGAGGCAGCAAUUGCUGCUGCCUAUCACAUCUUCAGGAAUGUCGCGCCGCCUGGGUCCAAGUACAUUGAUGAGUAUGACCUUCGGAGAUUCUUGAUUAAAGAAGAGGUGGAUAUUGUGUUCCCCAUGAUAGAUGUGGCAGAAACUGGACAGAUUGACAGGAAAGAAUUGACGGAAUGGGUGGUUAAGGUUUAUCAAGGACGCAGAGCUCUAUCGCAUGCUCUGAAUGAUACAAAAACCGCUGUGAAGCAACUGAACAAGGUUGUGACAUGCAUUCUGAUUGUCAUAAUAAUCAUCAUAUGGCUCCUCUUGGUGGGAAUAGCGACUACUAAAGUGCUUGUCUUUAUGUCGUCACAAUUUGUGGUAGCUGCUUUUAUUUUUGGGAAUACUUGCAAGACUAUAUUUGAAGCUAUUAUAUUUGUUUUUGUGAUGCAUCCUUUUGAUGUUGGUGAUCGAUGCGUCAUUGAUGGUGUUCAGAUGACUGUUGAAGAAAUGAAUAUCUUGACCACAGUGUUCUUGAGGUUUGAUAAUGAAAAGAUAUACUACCCAAAUUCAGUUCUGGCGGUCAAGCCAAUCAGCAAUUUCUACAGAAGUCCUGAUAUGGGUGACAACUUUGAGUUUUCCGUUGAUUACAGGACACCUGUGGAAAAGAUAGGAGCUUUAAAAGAGAAAAUAAAGAAGUACUUAGAGAGAACUCCCCAGUAUUGGCAUCCUAAUCACAGUGUGGUGGUGAAGGAGAUUGAGAAUAUGAACAAGAUAAAAAUGGCACUCUAUUUCAAUCAUACGAUGAACUUUCAGAACUUUGGUGAAAAGACCAAACGGAGAACUGAACUGAUCCUAGAAAUGAAGAAACUGUUUGAUGAGCUGAAUAUAAAAUAUGAUCUUCUUCCUCAGGAAGUUCAUCUUGUCGAACAGAGAGCAGCAAGUGGGACCACUAGAUGAUUUUAUCGUCAAGUUCACAGAUACCAUCUAUUUUGAUAGUAAAGUUUAGCUUCCACUUCAAUAGGUUUUCAUCUACAUUUGUUUGACCAAUGAACCGUGAAGAUGAAGUCUAAACACUUGACUCUGCAAUGCUGAAAGAUUUGUGUACUGCUCUAAAUGAUAUUUAUAAAGUUUCUUCUGCUAAUAUUUUGUGGAAAGUGAGUAGAGUUUCUUUUUUAAGGGACAUAAA